AGUGUUGAUCACGUGCUAGCAGGCCGCGCAGGCUCUUUCGGGUCCCCCCGGGCCUCGGCGGCGGCGGAAAGCCAGGGCCCUCGACGCACGCGCACUGAGGUUCCACGUGAGCGCUUGCGUUUCUUCUCCAGCCCAACGAUGCCGCCGGAACGGAGGAGCCGAGCGAGACCCGGCCGGAGAACCGGAGCGAGGCCGGACCGGAGGGCCCGAAUGAGGCCGGACCGGAGAGCCGGAGUUGGGCCGGGUGGGCCGCCCCGAAAGGCUGUUCCUUCAUCCCAGCGGAAGUCGUCGGCCCGGCCGAGCGCAGCAGCCACUGCAAUCGCAGUCGCGGCGGCGGAGGAGAGGCGGCUCCGGCAGCGGAACCGCCUGACGGUGGAGGAGGACAAGCCGGCCGUGGAGCGGUGCCUGGAGGAGCUGGUCUUCGGCGACGUGGAGGAGGACGAGGAUGCGCUGCUGCGGCGUCUGCGGGGCCCGCGGGUCCUCGGACAGGAUGACUCAGGUGACUCAGAAGUGGGGAAGGAAGCAGAAAAUAAUUUUCUACCUCAGAAGAAGCCAGUUUGGGUGGAUGAAGAAGAUGAAGAUGAGGAAAUGGUUGACAUGGUGAACAGUCGGUUUCGGAAAGAUAUGAUGAAAAAUAACAGCGAAAAUAAACUUUCAAAAGAUGAGCUUCUAAAGAGACUUAAGGAAGAAUUCCAGCAUGCCAUGGGGGGAGUGCCUUCCUGGGCGGAGGCUAAUAAGCGGAAAACAUCAUCAGAUGAUGAAAGUGAAGAGGAUGAAGACGAUUUGUUGCAAAGGACUGGGAACUUCAUAUCCACGUCAACCUCUCUUCCUAAAGGCGUCUUAGAGAUGAAGAACUGCCAACAUGCUAAUGCUGAACGUCCUACUACUGCUCGGAUCUCAUCUGUGCAGUUCCAUCCUCGUGCACAGGUUGUGAUGGUCGCUGGACUGGAUAAUGCUGUGUCACUCUUUCAGGUUGAUGGAAAAACAAACCCUAAAAUCCAGAGCAUCUUUUUGGAAAAGUUUCCAAUCUUUAAGGCUUGUUUUAGUGCUAAUGGAGAAGAGGUUUUAGCUACAAGUACACACAGCAAAGUUCUUUAUGUCUAUGAUAUGCUGGUUGGAAAGUUAAUUCCUGUGCAUCAAGUGAGAGGUUUAAAAGAGAAGAUAGUGAGGAGCUUUGAAGUCUCCUCAGAUGGGUCCUUCUUGCUCAUCAAUGGUGUUGCUGGAUAUUGUCAUUUGCUGUCAAUGAAGACUAAAGAACUGAUUGGUAGCAUGAAAAUUAAUGGAAGGGUUGCAGCAUCCACAUUCUCCUCAGAUAGUAAGAAAGUAUACGCCUCUUCAGGGGAUGGAGAAGUUUAUGUUUGGGAUGUCAGCUCUAGAAAGUGCCUUAACAGAUUUGUCGAUGAAGGCAGUUUAUAUGGAUUAAGCAUUGCCACAUCCAGGAACGGACAGUAUGUGGCUUGUGGUUCUAAUUGUGGAGUGGUAAACAUAUACAACCAAGAUUCUUGUCUCCAAGAAGCAAACCCAAAGCCAAUAAAAGCCAUAAUGAACUUGGUUACAGGUGUUACUUCUCUGGCUUUCAAUCCUACUACAGAAAUCUUGGCAGUUGCUUCAGAAAAAAUGAAAGAAGCAGUCAGAUUGGUUCACCUUCCUUCUUGUACAGUAUUUUCAAACUUUCCAGUCAUUAAGAGGAAGAAUAUUUCCCUUGUUCACACCAUGGAUUUUUCUCCUAGAAGUGGGUAUUUCGCCUUGGGGAAUGAAAAGGGCAAGGCCUUGUUGUACAGGUUGCAUCAUUACUCAGACUUCUAAAGAGAUUAUUUAAGAUCCAGUUGAGCCACAAGAGAUGCCUGUCCUGAUACAUCUCAGAAACUUGUGAAUGUGUGACAGUAUAUGGAUGAUUUAUUGAGCCAGCUGUGCUUAUUUAAUCUAACAGAAAUAUCCUAAUAAACACAUAGUAACUUUAG